GAACAAAUUAGAGAAUACGGGGGUAUUGUGGUAAUUCCGCUCCCGAAAAGUGGUGUGUGUAAUGCCUGUAGGCUGUAUCUAUCGAUUUCAGUUAGAGAGCGGAAACUAGAUUCUGUUACUAUAAAUUGACACAAUUGUGAAGAAGGCGGAAAACACCAUUUUCAAUUUUCUGAUCUGCAGCAGUUACAUAAUCACCCGAGUGCUUCUGCAGCAGUUCAAUUAAACACACACACACACACACACACACACACACACACACAUUCUGUGUGAUUUCGCAAUUGGCAGUGAAAAUGUCAGCGGCUGCUCCUCCGCCACCAGUGCUGCGGUGGCCUUAUAGGUAUUACAACUUACGAUACCCCGGCGGCGGCCCUUCCAUCCUUCUCCGUCAUCCUCGUGGCUACACCGCCGAGAUUCUGUUUUAUGGAGCUCAGGUAAUUUCAUGGAAGAAUCAACACGGAGAAGAGUUGCUUUUUCUCAGUACAGAGGCCAUUUACGAACGUCCACAUCCAAUUCGUGGAGGCAUCCCAAUUUGCUUCCCAAAGUUUUCCAACAAUGCAAACAUUGAGGAUAAUGGAUUUGCUAGAACCAGAUUCUGGAGAACCGAGGGUUUGACGUAUUAUUACGAUCCAAAUUUUCCCCCUCCGAGCCGCGAUAAUGCAUUUGUUGAUUUCAUUCUCGAUGAUAUGCCUGACGACUUCCCAGACUGGCCUAACCAUAGCUUCGAGCUCCAUUUACGUGUUAUCCUGGGACCCACCGGAGAUCUGACUAUGAUAUCUCGUGUAAAAAACAUCAACGCUAAUGGGGAGCCUUUCUCAUUCAAAUUUGCCUACCAAACCUACUUCUCCGUCUCAAAUAUCAGAGCAACUCAGAUUGAAGGAUUGGAGACGAUGAAGUAUCGGGACUACUUGCAGGACGGCGGGCGAUUUACUGAAGGAGCUAAUCCAAUCAGUUUCCAAAAUGAAGUGGACAGGGCGUAUCUGAACACUCGUGAUGAUAUCUCUGUUGCGGAUCUUGACCGUCUAAGAACUUUUACCAUUCAUAAAAAUGCUAGUCUUACUGACAUCGGUGUGUGGAAUCCAUGGGAAGAUGGGGCAAUGCAUGCGGCUGAUUUAGGAGAUGAAGAGUACAGGCAGAUGGUUCUUGUUGGAGCAGCUGCUGUCAGGAAGGAAGUUACGUUGAUGCCCUUUCGGGAGUGGACCGGGACCCAGCGUCUUUCUGUCGUGGAACUCGAUUAAAUUUUGAUGAUCUUAUCAAAUAUUAGCUGCAGCAUCAUACAUACAUGUAAUAUCCAUAUGCACUACUUCUGAUAUUGACAAUAUUCUUGCAUUCAAGUGUAAAUCAUAAUAUCUAGUAGCUUUUCUAUUGAACAAUCAAGUGUUGAUGAACUGAUCAAAAAAAAAAAAAAAAAAUC